AUUUGACUCAUGAAUGUUGAAACAGCGUUCAUCACAUUUGGCAUCAGGUUUAUUCACUUGGUUCUUGACACUUUGAUGCAUGAGUGUAUUGAUUUGCAUGUUUCUCAGAAGUAUCUUCACAGCUUCAGACCUGCACCUUCUGGCAGAGGCAGGACUGUGCUCUGGUGAGCUGUACUCCUUCUGUUCACUCUCUGUGACAGACGUCUACAUUACUUUCAGAGGUGGAUUUGAAGACUUCAACAUCAUGCAUCACUUCUUGCUGGGAUUCUCAGUCAUGGCAUUGAUUUACCUGUCAGCUGAAGGAAGCAUCAUUGUAUUCCAGAAGCCCAGAUUUAUUGGCGUUAAGACAGGUCGGACUGUGAUCAUAUACUGUGUGCCGUCGAAUCCCACUCGCGGGCCAGCUCGUGUACAGUGGUUCAAAAACAAGAAUUACCAAAGCUCACUUACGAAUGACCAGAGAAUAACAAUUAACGACAGGAACAAUGAUAAAAAUGCUUCCAUUACUUUAAAGAAAGUGGAGACUGAGGACAGUGGCACUUACGUUUGUAAAUUAAAUGAUACAUUCGGACCAGGAACUGAACUUCAAGUAUCCAGAUUUAGCGAGCCUCAUGCUGUCUUGAUGAGAUCUAGAGUUAAGGAUGUCAUCAUUUUCCUUCAGGCUUUCCUCUUGGUUUUGUGCAUUGUCGUUCCUCUGGUUCGACUUUACAAACUGGAGAAGAAAGAAGAGGCUGAAUAUGAGGAGCCAGAGGAUGACCACAUAUAUGAGGGUUUGGAAAUCGAGCAGGUUGGUGGAGAUGUGUAUGAGGACAUCUCAACGUUUGCCCAGAGCAGUGAUGCAGCUUGGCAAGUUGAGUCUCCAUGCCAAGAGUGAGAAAAACCAACGAUAUCUCACACCAUUUCAUACUUUUUUGAUUUAGUGGCUAAUUUGUAUCAAUUUGAAUGAGCGCAUUCAUACAUUUUAGUAUGAUUUGCUCAUCCCCCAAUGACAGUUGGGUGUUAGGAUGGGGUUUGGUGCUUAGUUUGGUAUUAGAAAACUUUACAUUUUAAUAAUAAUCUAAUAAUCACCAGAUCUCAGCUUUAACACCAGACGCAGGUGGAUGCUUUCAGUCUCAUUGUUUGUGUUUUGUGUAUAUAU